UCAUGCGAGCCGUCCGGCGCAUUUCCGACGCUGGAUUCUCUACUUUUCCCGUCCGCACAAACCUCCAUCUCGCAGACUCUCGCUUCGUUGCGCCGGUCUGCACUCUCUGUUUCCAAUCGACUGCAAUCCAUCGAGACAGAUGCGGCAUUUGUGCGCGAGGUGGGAGAGCAUUACGGACUUCCGCUUGUUGCGAAUGAGCGCUGUGGAAGUUGGUAUAUUGACCCCGAGACCAAGGGUGGUAGUGCCUAUUUCAAGAGCACGGAUGGUCACACCGGACAGUGGGAUUUUAGCUUUCGUAGGCUGAAUUUGCAGCUUUUGCCUCUGGCUAGAGAGAAUGGGGGGGUUAGUUCUUUGUUUCUUUUGGUUUCCAAGGGGGUGUUUACUGUUGUCUUGUGGAUGACUUCUGACACAUUAUCACCACCAAGCUUUGUGACAAUGAUUAAAGAUGAAGAUGCUUUGUCUAUGUAUGAAAUUCCUGAAACUAACAUCUAUACUUACAACAACAGAUGUGUCAUCGUUGACUCGACCCGCCGAGGAAAAUUAAUGCCAGACGCAUUAUCAAAAACAAUCCCAAUCUGGAGCGCCGUCUUAAACCGCGCCCUCUUCCCCACCGAAACAGCAUACCACCCGGUCCACCUACCACCAAACUACCUCGGCGCAUCAGAAGAAGCCCAGAUCGAAUCCCGCAUCGAUAGCUUCGUCGCCUCGCUCAAGGUAUGCACGACCGAAACAGCCAGUGCCAAAAGCAAGCCCGCCUACCACCCUCUACCCAGCCCCUCUUCACCCGGGCGAAGUAUAGGCGGGGGCAUCGGGCACCAGACCACACACGCACAAACUAAUCUCAAGCAGAAUCUAAAGCUCGACCUCGAUCAUCUGCGCGAACAAUUAGGCAAACCGAUCCGCAUCGCAUGGGCCAAUCGCACAUACUUCCACCCGACCGAUCUGUACAAGGGCGAGGGAUAUAACCUGCUCGUGCUGUGCUCCGCGUCACGGCGCGUGCAGGGCGCCGAGAUGUCCGAGGGCGGAUAUAUCCAGGGAGCGGGCGAUGAUGCCGAGGGCUGGGCUCAUGGGCUGACGCCGCCGGUCUUUUGGGAGCAUCGUGCGCUGCUGAAGGAUACCCGCGAGGAAGAUCUGCCGGCGCUCAUUGGGGAUUUGGUUUCUUUGGCUCCAGGUGGACUUGGGCAGGGUAGUGCGGCGCGUAUCGCGCCGACGAGGAAUUUAUUUAUUGGGGUUGCAGGUCAGGCGGGUGGGUAUGAUCUUGUUAUCGAUUGUAAUGCUAAUGGCCCGGGUGAAGGUGAAGGUGUGGGCGAAGUUGAAGGGGGUGCUAAACCGGUCUGCAAGAGAUUGAACCUGGGCUGUGCGUCGGCGAAGUUGGGGAGUCGUGAUCUACGGAAGUCAUUGGAUCGGGUGCGGGAGUUCGUUGCGAGGGAGUUUAAGGAGGAUUCGUCGCGGUCUUUGUUGGGGGAAUUUGACAUCUCACAGGGCGAGCGCAGUGUCGGCAAACAAUACAUCCGACAGCGUCUUGCCUGGAUUGUGUCGUCGAAGCACGACGUGAACCCGUCCCGCUCGACGCUUCAAUCGGUCAACGCGUUUCUCAUGUCAUGA